UUUCGCCAAUGCAGUAAAUGCAAGCACCGGAAAUCGGACAGGAGCCGCGUAAGGUGGUAUCCCAUGGAUGCUGCACGAGAUCAUGUCGCGGAGGGUAAUGCGAUGGUGAGUGAUGGUGAUUGGUGGUGCGGCCGUUGCUACCAGAGCCAGUUGAACGGCAUGAAGAGAGACGACAAACCGACAGAGCAACCAGCGAACAGGCCAUGUGGAUCGGGGGACGAGGCGCCGCUUCUAGAGCCGGUGCGCAGGAUGGUGGAUGACGUCCUCGGUCGAGGUGAGAUCCUUUGCUGGCAGGACGUCGCCGGUUGGCUAGCUGCUGAACACGCGAAGGUUGGCAUGGAGGAGAUAACGAGGAAGUACGCACGACAACUCGUCCUGGACUUGUUUACCGGGAUGGACGCAGACCCCGGGAGCAAAUCACGAUUGGUCCAAGCCGACGGAGCGCAAGGAGACGCACGCGAGCGGGAACUCUUCCUCUUCCCGAACACCCUUGGGGACAAGCAUCUCGUUGACUUAAUGCUGCGUGCUCGACGUAGUGCACCCGCACAGCCUCCAUCCAACCAGCUAGCUGAUGAGGGUGGGUCUCUCUAGUCGAUUCUGAAGGAAGUCGAGAAAGACACGGAGGACGCAGACAAACGGAUGUCCGUCGUGCGGGCAGCUGGUAGAAUUGUUCGAGCCGACGUGGAGAGUGACCCCGCCCUGAAGAACCCACCGGCACACGCGAGAAGUAUCGCUACGCCGAUGAGUUGGACAUGAAAGUGAAGCCACCCAGAGAGAAUCUACUAUCCGCGUUUCCGCCGUCCUUGGUUGGAUUGUACCAAAGCAUGACGGAAAUGGCACUGUAUCGCGAGAUCAUCGCAUCAGAGACCGAACAUCCUGGAGAGCCCUGGGUAUGGCAGACCGAAGGGCGAG